AUGGCAGAAAAAGAAAAACAAAACAAAAACACAAACAAAAACAAGAAACAAAAACACAAACAUCCACAGCCCACUUCAUCAUCAUCAGAUUACUCUUUCAAACCAUCAUCAGAAGUCAAAGGCCUUCGUUUCGGCGGUCAAUUCAUCAUCAAAUCUUUCACCAUCCGCCGUGCAAGACCACAAGAGAUCCUUCAUCUCCUUUCGCUAACCAAUCAAAAACCGCCACCUGUCCUUCCAUCCACCACCGCUUUCAUUCCUACAAACUUCACAAUCUUGGCCCACCAUGCAUGGCACACCCUCACACUAGGCCUAGGAACCAAGAAAUCCAAAGUGGUUUUAUUUGUAUUCGAAUCGGAAAAAAUGAAGUUGUCAAUGGACCGGGUCUGGCCAGCUGAACUCCCCCUAGGUGAAGUGAACCGGAAGUUGAUUAGAGGUCAAACCGGUUGUGAGCUGGCCCGGUUCAAGUUUAGAAAAGGGUGUAUCACAUUUUAUGUGUACGCAGUGAGAAGAAAAGGGAAUAUAGGAUUUUCAAGUGCUGAGGAUUUAAGGGUAAUAUUGGAAUAUGUUGUGGCUUUGAAUGAUUUUAUGGAUCAUACUGCUAUGCUUGCUAUGCCUAAUCAAAGAAGCAUUAACUUUGCUAAUACUACUACUGUUCAACCUUCUUCUGCCAUGGCCCAUUAGUAAAUUUACUACUGUAUUUUAAUUACUCUCUUUUUUCUUGCUUUUUUUUUUACUGGAAAUAUUUUUUCUUGUAUGUUGGAGGAAUUUUUUGAUUAAAAUUUUGUGGGAUUUUGUAACUCUGCAAUAGUGCAAUGUGCUUAUUAAUGUAACUUUUAGGAUCAAUAAAUAUUAGUUUGUGACAA